GGUUGAUCCCCCUGACACAAAAACUAGUGACUUGCAAAAUAGAAAUUUCUUAAAAAAAUAUUUUUGGAUAAAUAUCUUAAGAAAAAUGGCAGAAGUUGAACCAAUUACAAUAGAUAAGGAAGAAGUUGUUGAUAGUAAACCAGCAAAGGAAUCAAGUUUAGAGGAGCUGGAUAUGGAAGACUUGUAUACUAAGUUUAAGAAAUUACAAAAACAAUUAGAAUUUUUGGAAGUGCAAGAAGAGUACAUUAAAGAUGAACAGCGUAAUCUAAAGAAAGAGUAUUUGCAUGCACAAGAAGAAGUUAAGAGAAUUCAAUCGGUUCCAUUAGUAAUUGGACAAUUUUUGGAAGCAGUUGAUCAAAAUACAGGCAUUGUUGGAAGUACAACAGGCUCAAAUUACUAUGUUCGAAUCCUGUCAACAAUUGAUCGUGAAUUACUCAAACCAUCAGCUAGUGUUGCUCUUCAUAAGCAUAGUAAUGCAUUAGUUGAUGUCUUACCACCAGAAGCAGAUAGUUCCAUUUCAAUGUUGCAGCCUGACGAAAAGCCAGAAGUUCAAUAUAGUGAUAUUGGUGGCAUGGAUAUGCAGAAACAAGAAAUUCGUGAAGCUGUUGAACUUCCUCUUACUCAUUUUGAAUUAUAUAAACAAAUUGGAAUUGACCCACCACGUGGUGUCUUAAUGUACGGUCCUCCUGGAUGUGGCAAGACUAUGUUAGCUAAAGCUGUAGCUCAUCAUACAACAGCUGCUUUCAUUCGUGUCGUUGGCUCUGAAUUCGUACAGAAAUAUCUUGGUGAGGGUCCAAGAAUGGUUCGUGAUGUUUUCCGUCUUGCAAAAGAAAAUUCACCAGCAAUUAUCUUUAUUGAUGAAAUUGAUGCAAUUGCUACAAAGCGUUUUGAUGCCCAAACUGGUGCUGAUCGUGAGGUUCAACGUAUAUUACUUGAAUUAUUGAAUCAAAUGGAUGGUUUUGAUCAAACAACUAACGUUAAAGUCAUUAUGGCAACAAAUCGUGCAGAUACUUUAGAUCCAGCACUUUUGCGUCCCGGACGUCUUGAUCGUAAAAUUGAAUUUCCAUUGCCUGAUCGUCGUCAAAAGCGUUUGAUUUUCUCAACAAUUACAUCGACUAUGAAUCUAUCAGAGGAUGUUGACUUGGAAGACUAUGUUGCACGACCUGAUAAGAUUUCCGGUGCUGACAUUAAUGCAAUUUGUCAAGAGGCAGGCAUGCAUGCUGUUCGUGAGAAUCGUUAUAUUGUUUUGGCAAAGGACUUUGAGAAAGGCUAUAAAAAUAACAUCAAGAAGGAUGAGCAAGAACAUGAAUUUUAUAAAUAAAUUUUUUAUCUGCCCUUUCCUUCUUAUCCAACAUUAUUAUGUAAUAAGCUUAUGGUUUUUAAUAUAAUUUCAUAAUUGUCAUACCGUCUUUGAUGAAGAAAAUAAAAUGAUACUAAUAAGUAUGAAAAAGUCUAUAAUAUGC